AAACAGGUUUGGUUGGUUGUCACUUGUUUCACUUGUUUUUAUACUCGGACAAAGAAGUACUUCCAUUUCGCAUUUCGCAUUUCAUCAGUGGCAUCAGAUGAAAGUGAGAUGAAGAUUUCGGUAUUUUCACCCAACACUCAUGAGUGGAGGUGGAUGAUUGGAACACAUGGCAAAGCAGCACUACAGGCCUGAGCUGAAGGCCCAUCUCAGCGGUGGGGUUCCACCCACUCCUCCAACCUCACCUCCACCACCCCGGCCUCCAACGUUUCCACCACCACAGUGCCCCCCGCAGGACACCACAGGAACAGCCCUGAGUGCUUCGUCAACUAAAAACAGAAAAGCUGACUACCAUGUGCAACCUCAGAAAACCUCUCAGGGUUUGCGCCCUGUUCGACCUCCUCCCCCUCCACCCACCAAAGCCAGGCAUUUAACCAGGCAAAAAACUAUUGAUGAAUACCAGUCUACUGUGGAACCCAUGUAUGUUGAACCAGAUGAGCUCCAUAUCCGUGCCAAGACUGAGCCUGCUGAAGAGCCACUGUACAUUACUGUUCUGCCUGAUCCCCCAUUUAACACUCAGCCCCAAAGACUGCACCACUCUGUGUCUGAGAGUCCCGAUGGUCCCUGGAGCAACAGCAUCUCUCCCAGUCCACCUGUCCCGGCCGAAAGACAGAAGUUCCAGCACCAGCUCUCUCUCCCAGCCAGACUUCCACAAGGGCUGGAGACCUCUCGCCAUAUAUCAAAGGAAGAGCUGGAGAUACUUCUGGAGUGGUGGAACACAGCCAAAGAGACAGAGCGCAUAUAUCACCAAUUCGAUGAAAACAAUUUGACGAUGAUCUCUAAUGAGGCUCAUCGGGUAAGACUGGCGCUGCACCUGUUUGAGGGUCUCCUGUUCUUCCGCGGUCAGAUCUUCAAUGACCACAUCACCCAGCUCUACUGCAUGGCCGACAAACUGGACAAGCUGCACAAAAAAACGAGGAUCGCUGGCAUUGCAGGGGGCACCUCAGGGGCAGUCGGCGGGGGUGGCAGCGGUCGCAGGUUUGGCCCUGGCACCUUUUACCUUUGGGGUGUCUUUAGUGGCGACCGCCGUUGGCAUCGGAGUAGCUGCAGCGGGGGGCGUGACCGGGGCAUCGAUGGCCAUCAAGAACAAAAUGUCCAACACCAAGGAGAGGAAGAGAGUAGAGGAGAUCAUGCAGAACUACAAGAUUCAGAUGGAGGAUGUGGAGGCCUGUCUGAACUUCGUCAACACGGGGAUGGAGUGCUUGAUGAAGUGCAAUCUUGGCAUCCUACGGGGCAUAGACAAGGACGCCAUGAGAGUGCUGAGGUUGGCACAGGUGGUCGGCAGCCAAUCGAUUUCUGUGAGAGCGAACGGAUGGUCCUCCGGCGUUCUGGACGGAUUCGCAAUGAGCAUGGACAUCUACUUCUCCAAGGAGGACAAGGAGCAGCUCAAGAAGGGCUCGGAGACCAAGUUUGCCAGAAAGAUCCGGGAGCUGUCCAAGCAGCUGAAGAGUGGCCUGGACCAGCUGAUACAAGUCAGGGACACAGUUCGCUCUGCUGUCCAGCAGGUGGCGAUGUAGUAGACUGGACCAGCUGAUGCAGUUCAGGGACACAGUUCGCUCUGCUGUCCAGCAGGUGGCGAUGUAGUAGACUGGACCAGCUGAUGCAAUUCAGGGACACAGUUUGCUCUGAUGUCCAGCAGGUGGCAAUGUGGUAGACUGGACCAGCUGAUGCAAUUCAGGGACACAGUUUGCUCUGAUGUCCAGCAGGUGGCAAUGUGGUAGACUGGACCAGCUGAUGCAGUUCAGGGACACAGUUUGCUCUGAUGUCCAGCAGGUGGUGAUGUGGUAGACUGUUGUGUUGUGAUCUCAGGGUCAAUGUACUUUAGAACACUACAAAAUGUAUAAAUCCAAAAGUCAAGACUAUCUUUCUUUACAUGCCAUCUAACUUUACAUAGCUCCCACAUCACUCUAAGAUUUGCAUGUUUCAGUGGAGCACACAUCUUUCAUACUCAGAUUCUCCAGUUUUGUGUAAA